AUACUUUCCCCGGUUUAAGCGCCUCCCUCAAACACCAGAAAAACACGGAGAAACUGACACGAGAUGGUAAAUACAUGUAGUCAGCCAUUUGGCAGGUGACAUACACUCAUUCGCGUGCAACCUGUGGAUUGUUUUUGCAUUCUUCUCUCAUCUCUCCCACUUACACACACACACUAGUCGCUCAUGGGGUUCCUUCUGACCAAGAUGAUGGCUGUGUUCGGGGACGCAGAGCACAAAGUCAUCAUAGUGGGUUUGGACAAUGCCGGGAAGACCACCAUCCUCUACCAGUUUCUGACAAAGGAGGCCGUCCACACGUCGCCCACCAUCGGGAGCAACGUGGAGGAGAUCACCGUGCGCAACACCCACUUCAUGGUCUGGGAUAUCGGGGGGCAGGACAAUCUCAGGGCCAGCUGGUACUCCUACUACUGCAACACGGAGAUUGUCAUCCUGGUGGUGGACAGCACCGACCGGGAAAGGCUGACCCUCACCAAAGAGGAGCUGCACCGCAUGCUUGCACAUGAGGAUUUGCAGAAUGCUGCCGUUCUUGUUCUGGCUAAUAAACAAGACAUAAAAGGCUCCAUGACAGCAGCGGAGAUCUCUCAGAUCCUCACGCUGGACUCCAUAACAACGCACUCGUGGCAUGUUCAAGCCUGCUGCGCCCUCACCGGAGAGGGGCUACCCGCCAGUCUGGACUGGAUGAAAUCUCGUGUUACAGCGAAGUAAAGCCCCCCCCCCCGGCCGAUCAAACCUCCUCACUCUGAGCCAGCCUACUGCAGAAGUCAGCAUGAUUUACAGUGUUUUA